AUGGUGGUGAGUGCACGGCCGGAGCCCACGCCGUGGGUGCAGCAAUACAAUGCGGAGAAUGUGGGCUACAAUAUGGCCCAGGCCUUCUCCUUCCGCUCCUUGACGCUCUCGCUCGCAGGCGCGAUCGCCGGCGUGCUCGGGCUGCAGAACCUGAGCGGCUUCGCCUUCUUUCUCUGCUCGGUGGUGUUUGUGAACGCGGUGCUGGUGCUCGUCAACGCCAAAGGCGAUCCCCGCGCGUUCUUUGUGCUCGGCAGCCUGCCGGCCAUCACCGAUCCGAGCGAACGGCUGCUCCCGGCCAAGGCCGCACAGCUGCGCGCGCCGCCGACGCCGGUGCAGUCCGCGCUGCAGCUCGCGCGCUGGGUGCUCCUUCAAGGCGCGCAGGAGAAUGCGCUGAGCUUCUUACUCUGGUGGACGUUUUGGUACGGCAUCGUCCACGUGUAUGACUAG